GAUCGACCUUUUCUUCCUCCGGCAGCCCAGAGAAGUAGAAGUCGGCCAAGACGGCUGGAAAGUGAAGCAACGACUGCACCAGGACUCCGAGCAUGGAGCCUAUCACGUCGUGGAGCGAGGAGAGAGUCAGCGAGUGGCUCCAAGGUCUGGAGGACCCCGUGCAUCAGUACCCGGUCUCGGAGUGGCAUUUGUCGGGUCUGGAUCUGCUUCAGUUGACCUCUCAGGACCUGGAAAAGUUGGGAGUGCAUAAGAUCGGACACCAGGAGGUCAUACUGGAGGCUGUGGAGAAACUCUGCUCUCUGACGUAUGGUAUAGGUGGUGAGAAUCUACGCGGCCUGACAGAGAAGCUGCGUGCCGUUUCCCACACCCUCCAGAUGGGCAUCCAGAGUCGCUGGCGCCUCAACAACUACGAUGGCCGCAGCACCACCAAGCUGCCGGCUGGCAUUCUGCAGGUGGUAGUGGAGCUCAUCACCUCUGCCAAAGGACUCUUCUCUUUGCUCAGCCGGUAUCAGUUUUUCCAGCUCAGUGGAUACACCACCAGCAAGAACAUAUUCAGCUACUGCAGAGAGCUGGGAGAAAUUGUCCACAAGCAGGAUACGACUGUCUAUGAAAAGGAGAAGGACAUCAUCUCUGUGUGCCGUCAGUUGGUUGCGGUGUGUGAUGAGAUCUUGAAUUCCAGCCCUGAAGCCCUUCUUACCCACACUGCUCAGCUCGAGAGUGUCGACCUGGUUCCUGUGUCACCUGGUGAUCAGCUGGGGAUUGAGAUAACGUCCACCAGCUCCAGUAACCACUACGUGACCGGAACCGCUGCUGAGCCUUCGGCUGAUGUCUAUGUGAAGAUCUUGGCUGGUGAUGAAGUGAUUCAAGUCAACGACCAGAUAGUGGUGGGCUGGAGCAGAGCUAAUCUUGUAAAGAAGCUGCGAGAGAAUCCCAGUGGAGUGACCCUGGUCUUAAAGAAGAUUCCUGGGUCAGUGCGACGCAGAGACCCAGUCCAGCUCUCUCCCACACAGAAGGAGGAAGAGCAGAAAGAAGAGGAGGAAGAGGAAAAGGACGAUGAGGAGAAUCCGAGGCACUCCAUAUUAGAGAGGGUAGCAGCUUCUGUUAGGUCCCUGUCUUUUAGGAAAGCCAUUCACGGGCCAGAGGUACAUAAGCAGCCUAUGGGACAGGAGGAAUCAGAAUUGGCCUCUGACAGGGAGCUGGAGGGGAGUCUGACUCUCACAUCAUAUCAAAACCAAGAGCGGGGGCAUUCACUGUCAGUCUCAGGGGAGUUUGAGGGUUUGGAUAGUUCAAGGCUCUCCCCAAGACUGAGACGAGACCGGUCGCCUUCACCCAGAAGUCCUUCUCCCUCACUACUUGGGUCAUUCAGAAGUCCUUCACCUCAAGGAGUCAACCAGGAAACAGCUAGCAUAAGCUCCUGCCCUGAAAUGGUGGGACACACGGGGAAUAAGGACAGAGAAAGAAGCUCUACAAAAGGAAUGACGACAGCUAUGAGUCGGCGUCGUGUGUCCUGCCGCGAGCUUGGUAAACCCGACUGCGACGGCUGGCUGUGGAAGAAGAGAAAGGAGAGCAGUGUCUUCCUCACCCAGAAGUGGCAGCGCUUCUGGUUCGUCCUCAAGGGGCCUUCCCUUUACUGGUACACCACCCAACAGGAUGAGAAGGCGGAGGGUUUUGUCAAUAUAGCCAGCUACAACAUAGAGAGCGCUGGAGAGCACAAGAGAAAAUACGUGUUUAAAAUGUGCCACCAGCGAUUUCAGAACUUCUUCUUUGCUGCCGACAAUGUCAGUGACAUGAGCAAGUGGAUUAACUGUCUGAUUCCCACCAUACAAAAGCAUAAGAAGUUCCACAAAGGCCCAGAUAGUGAAGAAGAAUGUUACAGCGAGACUGAAUCAGAAAGCGAGAGAUCACCUUCACCCCGCAGAAGAAACAAGAAAGUGCAGUCCCACACGCUGCCUCGCCCAAAGGGGAAGACGAACAAGGUGCCAUUAUCAAGUUCUUCGACAGGGGGCAGCAAAGGAACAGGAGCGCCGGUAGAUGAGAUGGGCAUGAUGUUAAACAACAUAAAGGAAGGAGGAGUUUCUCUGAUCGGCCAUGAGCAGCCAUUUACGCACGACCACUUCAGGAAAUCAUUCAUUCGACGCAACAAGAAUCCUAUCAUCAAUGAGAAGGCGCACACGCUCCGCGCCCUGCAGAGCACUCUUAAGGCCAAAGAGGCAGAGCUGCUGCAGAUCAACAAGAUUUUAGAGGACUCUGAUCUGACAGCUUCAAAGUAUCGCCAGUGGAAGGAGCACAAUGAGGAACUAGUUCAAGAGAUCGACCGAGUGGCCGCGCUCAAGGCCUCCAAAUUACGGGAAGACGCGGCAGUGCAGGACACGCCCGCUAAGGAGGUUGCCUUGGAAACUGUCGCUAAGGAAACAGCCACCGCAGAGACAGAAGGCGCAUACAGACUCAGCCUCAGUGACGGGGAACAGUUAGUGGACGCAGAGCCGUCUGAUGUUCUCCUGGAAAUCCCACUGGGUUCUUCUAGCACAGAGUCCAGUCCAGUGUUAGAACUCUCUCUGGGAUCGCUGCAGGAUUCAAUAAAUAAACAGCUGAGUGAAAUGGUGGAGAGCGGAGAAGCCUCUGAGAACUACUUCUACAUUUAAGACCACGUUGGAAGAGUCACAUCACUGCAAAGUUGUUUACCAGAAUCAGACAAAUGGAAGAUGUUUUUCAUGCGACAGUGUGAGAGACAUGUCCGCUGACGUUCGCCAGGAAAGGAUUGGUUAAAAUUGCCAUUAAAUCAGCACUUUAAUCAAGUAUGUCAGUGAAAUGCAUCAGUGCAGACUUGCAAAUUUAGACCUAGAAUGUCCCACAACAAACAAAUACGACAUGUUUACAACAGAGAAAAGAACAAUUUGCCGAGUCUCAAUCAGUAUGUAGUUUCAGUAUCUAUUUAUGGGAUUGUAAGGCAUGUUCUUCUAGUGAUAAAAUAUAAAACUUUUCUUAGAAUUCAAUGUAAUAUAAGUCUCUUGCCUCUUGUAAUGUGAUAUGUAAAUACAGUUCCACUAUAAACACUGUAUGUAUUUGUUUAUUGACAUUACCUUAAUAAAGGUAAACAUUUGAAA